GUAACUAAAGUAACGGUAAACUAGUGGAUCGAAAAUUCCCAAUAAAAUGGAUGUCCGGAUCAAAUAUCCGUUUAAACACUUCCUGAAAGAAGGAAUUGUUUCGAAGCCUAAGAAAAAAAGAACCGAAGUAAACAAUCAUAGCCCCACAAAUACAUAUGAUACUACAGGGCCAAAGGACGAUGAGAAUGCUUUAAUGAUAUCAAGUGGUGAUCAAAGUCAAACUAAAUACAGAAAACAACCAAAGAUAAUUAAAGGAAGGUCAAUAGUUGACAGACAUCCUAAUUUAAAUAAAAAUUCAAUUGAAAAACACUGUUUCGGAGUACAACCAGGUUUAUCACAAACUGAGAUAACUGCAGAACUAAUUCGAUACUCGCAAAUGGUCAGUAAAAUACAAGAAACUAACCCACAACUUUUCCUACGAAAAUAAUUAAAUAAAACUACAUACAUGAGGUCUUUUUGCCAACAUUACCCCUUAAAAUACAUAUCAAUGGUAAUUUGUAGAGUAACAGACUCCAGUGUGAAAUAAACUACAAUACUGAUAAUAAUUUCUCGGCAACUAAACUGUUGCAUAAACAAAUAAAAUCCUUAACGACUUCCAGAUAUUAUUGUAUUUCUGAUCAAGAAACCUAAACAAUGUAUGUUCUAAUAUCGGUGUUGAUGUUAUAACCACAUUAAGUUUCACAGCACAAGCUUACGCUGAAAACUAGAAACUGAAGCAAAGAAAUGACAGUAAUCCACUCAAGAAACUCUUUAAAUGAGGAAAUACAUAUCCAGACCUUUGUGAAUUAAAAUGAGCGUCUACUUGAACAUUUUCUUACCUAACUGAUUAUUCACUAAAAAAAUGAGGAAGUGUCGAUAAUUUUCUGCAUACGUUGGCUGAAAAAAUUCCAAACCGAUGCAAAAGAGGAUUUGUAGUGACAUUAGUGUCUUGAUAUCAAGAAACACGUUUCCUCAAACAAUUUAGAAAAUAGUGUGUGCAUUCUGUAGGACUAUCAUACCAACUAGUCAUAUUUUUAAGAAGUUAUUUUUAAAGAUUAGUGACAAUUUCAGUGAUAUGGUUGAAAAUAGGUGAGCCCAAUAGUUAAGCCUUAAUUAUUUUGGCCGGUAAACAACUAAUGAUGAUUUACAAUCCAAAUGAAUUUUAAACAUAAAUAAAUAUAUUUGUAAUAUCCCAAUGAGUAGAAAAGAAUUGGCUUACACUGAGUCACGAAACGUCAUAAAAUCUGAUUUUUCUACUCAUU